ACAAUGAGCUACUACUUCGGCUUGGACUUAUCUACUCAGCAGCUGAAGCUGCUGGUGAUUGACGAAGGCUUUAAGAUCGUCCAUUCGUACUCCUUGGAGUUCGAGACGGACCUGCCACAUUAUAAGACAGUGAAAGGUGUCUACUCUGACGAACGGACCGGUGAAAUCGUGGCACCUGUUACGAUGUGGAUCGAGGCCCUGGACGUUGUGCUCGAGAAGGUGAAACAAGACGGCAUAGAUUUCGCUCUAGUGAAGGGAAUCUCGGGCUCUUGUCAACAGCAUGGCUCCGUGUAUUGGUCAGAUGCUGCUAAUGACGUUCUGAGCUCUUUGGACCCUACAAGAUCCCUGAAGGAUCAGAUUGGGGAAGCCUGCUUCAGUCUACAGACGUCUCCUAAUUGGCAGGACCAUUCAACGGGGGAAGAGCUCGAGAUCUUUGAGAGAUACGUUGGUGGUGCUGAUUCAUUGGCUGAGAUCACAGGCUCCAGGGCCCACUAUAGGUUCACAGGUCCGCAGAUUAGAAAGUUGUUGAAGCUGAGACCUGAAGUGUAUCAUAAGACGAAGAGAAUCAGCUUGGUUUCUAGUUUCCUCGCUUCUUUGUUCUCAGGGACCAUUGUCGAGUUAGAGGAAGCGGAUGCGUGUGGAAUGAACUUGUAUGACAUCAGAAACAAGAGAUGGGAUGAACAAUUACUGGCUACUUGUUCAAUGACCCACGAAAUGGACGGAAUUGAGGAUGAAACAGUUAGACAGCAAGCCAUCGAUGAAUUGAAACGGAAAUUGGGGACUCCCUCACCAGCAGGGUUCAAAGCGAUCUCCAAGAUCUCGUCGUACUUUGUACAGAAGUUUGGUUUCAAGGAGGACUGUCGUAUCUAUUCAUUCACAGGCGAUAACCUGGCAACAAUCAUAUCGUUCCCCUUAAAUGAGGAUGAAUUGCUGAUCUCAUUGGGCACAUCGACAACAGUGCUCUUGGUGACAAAGCACUACGUGCCAUCUUCAGCGUACCAUACUUUUAUCCAUCCAACUAUACCAGAUAGUUAUAUGGGCAUGAUCUGCUAUUGUAAUGGCUCAUUGGCUCGUGAAAAGAUUAGAGAUUUACUUAACAAAAAGUUCAACAAACCUUCAAAUGAUUGGACCUUGUUCGACAAGCUGCUGUCCCAGUCCAAGUUCAACAAAGCAGUGGGUGUUUACUUCCCAAUCGGCGAAAUUGUUCCGAAUUGUAAGGCCCAGACUAUAAGAGCUCGGAUGGGCAGUGACGGUGAACUCGAGAUAGUUGACUCAUGGGACGAGGAGAUAGAUGCUGGUGUUAUUGUCCAAUCACAGGCAUUAUCAUGCCGUGCUCGUGCUGCGCCUAUGCUAAACGUUAAAGCACAGACCAUUGAUGGUAUAGAGUCCCUCGAGUUUGAUGGUAAGCUGAUUUCUAAGGAGCACUUAUCACAGAGACCUCACAAAGUUGUAUUUGUUGGAGGAGCAUCUAAGAAUACAGCUAUAGUGUCAAAGUUUGCUGAGGUCUUGGGAGGUGAAUCUUUUAGAUUCGAUAACCCCAAUGCUUGUGCCCUUGGAGGAGCUUUCAAGGCAUCAUGGAGUGUUGCAUGCGAGGAUGAUGGUGUUGUGGACUUCCACAGAUAUUUAGAGUCGAGAUUUGAUACCAACACCAUGGAAAGAAUCCAAGUUGAUGAGAAACAAUGGGAUACUUAUAUCCCUGGAUUGAAGAUGCUACAGCAAUUGGAGACUGUUCUUGAGAGAUGAAGCCUCCAUUCAUCAACAGUCAAGGCCAACAGAUGCAUAUACGAUAGAAUAUGUAUACAAUUCGUGAAUAAACAGCUAGUUACAAGUCUAA